AUGUCAACCACCACAGGCGGAAGGAACUCAAAGAAGCGCAAAGAAGCAACAGACGCAACAGACGACGCGUCAAAGGCGCCCAAGAAGCGGCGCUCGCAGGAGCCCGAACCGACCAAGUCUCCCCUUAUCGGGCCGCACGAAUCCAUCAUCGCCGACCUGCAGCCCAAAUACGAUGUCCUCGUCGCAUCCGUGAUCUCCUCGACGCAGAUCCGCAAGCGCGUCAGCCAGGCCACGGCGCAUGUCGGCGCGCCGGCGGCGGCGGAGAAGAAGAAGCCGCGCGUCGUCCUGUUCCACGCGCGGCCUGCGGAGGUGUGCAAGCUGGUCACCAUCGUCGAGCACUGCAAGCGGGUUCUCGCCGACGAGGGGAAGGCUUGGUUCCAGUACAACGAGCUGUUCGAAUUGCCGCCCGACGCAAAGAAGGCGAAGAAAACGGCGGACGUGGUGGAGGAGACGGUUCUGCGGGGGGAUGGCGCCGAGGAGGAUUCGGACGACGGCGAAUUCGAAACCAUGAACAGUACUCGGUUCGAGAAAGCUACCAUGCCGCCCCCGCCCCGAACCAUCAGAUCGUUGAGGGUAUUCUUCGCGUCAGAGUCAAUACCGGAGCUGAAGAGCAAGAGUAGCGUGACGGUGCAGUCGGCCGAGUCUUGA